GAAGCCUGUAGGACAGAAGAGGAUUUUUAUUUAUUUAUUUAUUUUUUCGGGCUCAGGCUGGCUGUAAAUCUUCAGAGACACAGAGUCAUGGAUCAGGCUCACUUUUCUGCUCGGUGACGACAAAAAGUUUUUUUUUAUUUCUUUAUUUGAAUUCCAUGUAAGGAUGAUAGUUGGAGCUCAGGAACCUGUCGGUCUCUGUGGAUAGUAAUCUCCCUCCUGUCUGGGUCGGGGUGUCCUGUGCGGAGCGUGUUUGGGUGCUCCCUGUCCCCCACCCCACCACCACCACCACCCCAGCCGGCUGACAGACAUGGAGAUGCUGCGCCGCUCCUCCGUGUUCGCCGCCGAGGUGUUCGACCGCUCUCCCUCCGACAAGGAGCUGGUGUCCCAGGCCAAGGCGCUCUGCAGGGAGUACAUCAACAACAGGCUGAACCGAGCCGGGCUCGGAGCGCCUAAACUCGAGUACGGAGCACCGGCUUCAUCAGGUGGGACCAUGGCGGAGGUGUCAUCGGUCCUCCUGUGGCUCGGUGAUGAGUUGGAGUACCUCCGGCCCAACGUGUACCGCAACGUAGCUCGACAGCUGAACAUCACCGUGACCUCAGAAAGCGUGGUGUCGGACGCCUUCCUGGCCGUCGCCGCUGACAUUUUCUCCACAGGUGUGACGUGGGGGAAGGUGGUGUCCUUGUACGCCGUGGCGGGGGCUCUGGCGGUGGACUGCGUGCGCUACGGUCACCCAGCAUAUACCCACAGCAUCGUGGACUGCCUGGGGGAGUUUGUCCGCAAGAGUUUGGCUUCCUGGUUAAAGAAGAGAGGAGGCUGGGCGGAUUUGACGAAGUGCGUGGUGAACACUGAUCCCAGCUUCCACUCCCACUGGCUGGUGUCCACCGUCUGUACGUUCGGACUCUACCUGAAGGCCGUGGUCUUGUACCUCCUCAGGGAGAAGUGAAAGACUCGAGUCGGGCGCUGGAACCCGAGAGGACGGUCCCAGGUGCCGCACACGCUGCGCCACCGCUGCGAAAGCCUCCACUGCUGCGUGGGAACUCUGUUUACACUCGUCUGCACUGAGCCUCCAACACCGACCCAUUUCACUAACAUUAAACUCGCUGCACAGCCUUCAAACUAUUUAUUGUUUGUGCUUAUAUGAGGCCAUACUGUUGAGAUGAAAAGACUCGUUUCUUUUAUUUUUCCUUUUAACUUCCCAACUGCCAGGAUUGGUGCCUGUUCUGGUGACUUGCAGCGCCCCCUGGUGGCAUGUAAUCAGAACUGUUUUACAUGCUUAUUUCUGCACAAUGUCCAUUUAAAACAGAAUGCAGUAAAUCAUGCAAACUCAUAACUGAAUCACAGUCAAACAUAUCAAAUGUUUAAACAAUGAAAUUAUUACAAUGUAUGAUUUGAUUGUUGCAACACAUGAAAAAAAGUAAAAAGUUGUAACAAAGACAAAAAAAAAAAAAAGGCUGCAAACAUGAGCGUACAAAUGAACACCUGGAGGAGCAUUUUAAAACUAGACUAAUUAACAACAGAUCAUUUUAGAGGCUGAAUCUUCUCACAGAGGAACACCAGUCUGCAACUAUUUCAAAUUAAUAUUUCACAUUGGAAAACUGGGAAGACUUUGAAGACAUUAUGAACCGUAGAUAACGAGAGAUUCAAAGGUUUUCAUGAAUCUGUUCAGGUGGCACUGGGUGCAUUUAUCUGAUUCCAUCAUGAAGAUUGGGAACCCUUUCACAAAUCCUCCACAAAUCCUGGUUACAGCUCUAUCAAAGCAAAGACGAAUCCGUAUGUGGACACCAUCCGAAAACACAGCCGGUAUUUAAAUAAACCGCGGCACGGAGUAAGGGUUGGGUGGGAUUGACCUUUCUCAUGCUGGCCUCUUUAAUAAUAUGAUUUUAUGGCACUUGUCAAAUAACUUUAAGCCUUGGUCAGAAAGGAGGAUGAGAAAUUUCUAUUAUUUUGGCUCGAGAGAAGUGUGAGACUGACAGCAGAUUGAGCUGUUUUCCGGCCGUUUUGUCCAUGAGAUUACGUUUUCUGCAGCUGCAUCAAACAGGACAGUUAUGUUCAGAAAAGAAAAAGUGGAUGAAACUAUCACAACUCUGGCUUUAUUUGGCCUAUCAACACAAUUUAAAAACUGAUGUGAGGUUUAAGUCUCUACUUUUCACACAAAUUGAAACAGUCUCAGAAGGCGGAUCUUUCUGGCUAGACAAAUUUUAAUGGGUCAUGUGACGAGGUUCCAGAGGUACCAUCAUAAUUUUUAAAUACCAUCACCAUAUUUUAAAAAGAGGUGUAUCAAAAUACCAUCAUACUUACCAAACAUAGCAGACAGUUUGAAAACCUGCCUCUCUGUUGGUAUAGGGAUUGAAAGGCACCAUCGACGCGGAAAAAUGUGUUCAGGUUUUAGGACACGUGCUCCCAUCCAGAUGAAGGCGUGUAUUUUUUUCAUCACGAACAUGUGGAACUACAUCCAGGAGCAGUUUCUUAGUAGAAAAGUCCAGGUUGUGAACUGGUCCAAAACCGUUGAACGGUUCAAAUCCUACAUAUUGGAGAAAAACAUUCCCUCCAAAAACUGGUCGUCUCCGUUCCUGGAUGUUUACCGACUGAUGUUAAAAGAAGAGAUGCUUCUCAGUGGUAAACAUGACCCUGUCCCAGUUUGUUUUCUGUUUCAGCAUUUGAUACGUUUACUGUGUUCUGAUGUGAAUGAAGUAUGGGUUUAGGAGAGUUUCUAAUCACUGCAUUCUGUUUUUAUUUACAUUUUACACAAAGUUUCAACUUGUAAUAUAAUGAACAUCCUGAUGAUCCUAUAAGUGUUUGUGAUGCUUUGAUGAACAAAAAUAUCUUUUUCCACUAUUGAGGUUUUAUUUUAACUGUUUUCUAUCAAAGAGAUUGCACCGCUUGUGUGUCUGUCUGUGGGGUGGGGGUGGGGGUGUAAUUAUAGGGAAAGGUGUCAACUUUUAUGUGUUUAUUUUUUGCUGAAAGGAGAAUUGAAUGAAAAUAGUCUUUCACUGAGAAUUUUUCCCCCUUUAUAUAAAUCUUACAACAGGUGUUGCUGUUGUUUUGUUCCCAAAGGAAAGUAAAGGUCAUUUAAAACUUUAAAAACUCUUUUUUUUCCUGCAACCAAAUUGUUGAAAUGAAAUGCCAAUAUAAUUCCAUCAACUUACGUCUAGUUACACUGAGUUAUUUUAACUAGAUUGAUCUUUUCCUUCUUGAGAGAGAGAGAGAGAGAGAGAGAGAGAGAGAGAGAGAGAGAGNGAGAGAGAGAGAGAGAGAGAGAGAGAGAGAGAGAGAGAGAGAGAGAGAGAGAGAGAGAGAGAGAUUUUUUUCAAAAAAAUAAAAGCAUGACUAUUCCUCCAUAUUAAAAGCUUUGUGUUAAGUUUCCUAAAGCAUCAGAUUCUUCCUCCUUAUUCUCACUGGGUGAAUGUUGUUACAUCUUAAUGGUGAAAUCUAAAUUGUCGUUUUUUUUUGUAGCACUUUGAUGCAGUUUCUGUUUGUGCACAAUUUAUUCUAUGAAUAAUAUCACUUUAUUGCUCGUAGCACUAAGCCAUCUACAAAAUACAAGUAAAUGUUUACCAGUCAUUUGGAAAAAAAAUAUCACUAAUAAACAAUUCAACAGUU